AUGAUCAAAGUAGUUAGUAACAAUACUAGUGGUACAGAGAGUUUAAAGACAGGAGCAGAUCUAGAUCAACUGGUUGCGAUUAAAGUAUCAAAAGUUGGAAGUAGUUCAAUUGAGUGUAACAGUAACAACAGUAGUAUCAACAACAAUAGCAACAACUUUAGUGCAAUUGGAAGUAUUAGACAAAGAGCGGAUUCAAUGAUGGAGGGUUCAAAGAAAUUGAGUAGUUUCAUAAAAUCUAGAAAAUCAUUUUCAUCAUCGAAUUCAUUGAUUGGUUUACAGAAUGGCGGUAGUGGUAAUGGCAAUAGUCUGAGUAGCAGUGUCAGUUCAGGCAGUGGAGUCGGUAGCAGUGGCAGCAGCAACAGCAACACUGGUGCCAACUCUGAAAAAACAGCGGGUGGUGAAUUGACCCCGGAAGAAUAUAACAAGCGAAACACUCGUCAGAUUCCAGAGAUUCUUCUUGAGGACGAGCCUGAGCUCGAGGACGAGGAGUAUCCAUUCGAUUUCGAGCGAUACUACUACGAAUCGAAGGAGAUCAAUCGUGAGACUGUCAGAGAAUUGGUAGUGAUUCCCGAGGAAAUGAAUGUUGACACACUGGAAUACGUUGUCAAGGACAACAGAAUUAGAUCGCCUCCCACCGACUACAAGUCCGGUGUCAAUCAGGUGGUUGACGAUUGUCUCGACUUUUACUUGUCAACCAACUACAAAACACUAAAGACAACAUCCUAUCAGAACAAUGAAUCGCCACACGCCGUUGUGCAUCAGCUGAUGGAGCGAAAGAUUGAAUCGAAGCCGCCACCCGAUGAAACAACAACAUCAACAGCAGCAGCAACAACUUCAGCAGGAAACAAAGAAGUGAAUGACGACAGCAAUACCACUUCAAAUAGCAAUAGAAAUAGUACAUCAAUGUCAACGAAUAUUAUAGUAAAGACCGAUGAGGUUGAUGAACUGCACAUGGGUUAUCUGGAAAGACAGCUGCGUGUUCAGAACAAAGCGGAUCUGCAGAAUCAAAAGAGUUUAUUUUCAUACUUUACACUUUCGGAUCCACCCGUUUUCGCAGCGGAACCGUCGCCGUAUGCGCGUGAAAAGUCGCGUUCCAUCUUGGUGGAGUGCAAAGAGCUUACUUUCAAGUUGUGGGACAAAGAGGAGGAGAGUGAACCUUUCUACUGCUCAUUGUAUCUCUACGAUAUUGCAAAGAAAGCACGUAUUUCAGAAGUAUUUCACUUUGAUUUCAACAACGAGAAAACCGAGAAACUUCUUGGUGGCGUCGGCAACUCAAGUUUGACUGGUUCCAGCAACAACGCCAACAACAAGAACUCUCAGGCUACCAACAACGUUGUUAAAGAUGAAAUCAACAGAGCAAAGCGAGCUCUUUUUAAUGUUGGCAAGUCAUCACAAGACAUAUAUCUGGUACUUAAAGUUGAGAAGAUUUUAAUGGGUGAUAUAGAUGACCAAGCCGAACCUUAUAUUAAAUUAAAUUUAAAGGAUAAGGAAAAAGAUAAAUUAAAAGAUCAAAUCAAAUCUUAUUGUUCAAGACUUGGAAAUUAUAGACAAGCAUUUUGUUGGGGUUGUGUGCCUUUGUUUGGUAUGGACGGAGAGUUGGGUGUCGGUGAUAAUACACAUUUCCGACCGUUGUACAAGUAUAGACCGGAUACUACCGAUGCACAGAUGUUAGAUUCCACGAUGUCCGAGUACUCAAAGAGUGCCAGCACCAAGAAGUUAAAGGUGAUUCCAGGAUAUUGUACUAUCGAUGUCAAGGAGCUGAGCAACUACUACCGAACGACAACCACCGAUCCCAUUCCAAACACUGUAAUAUUCAAUCAAUCGCUACUCCCAUUGCAAUUUACACCGCCACCCAUUCCACCCUCGCUCACUUCCACCCCGGCAACCUCAGUUGCUUCCACACCCGCCGACAGUCUGUCGCCACGACCACUCGAUCCCCAGUCAGCAGCAGCUACUCUCUCGCCACCACCAGUUUCACUCAGUUCAACAUCGGUUGUUUCCUCUGAGAAGAUUGUACGUGAGAUUCAAGAGUUUGCACCGUAUCCACGCUUUGAACCCAACACAGAGUUUGUCCACAAUCUCUAUGUCUAUCCAGAGUCUGUCAAUCUCUCGAAUCGCAGCGGUAGUGUAACGGCGCGUAACAUCACAGUCAAAGUCCAGUUGAUGGAGAACGACGACAACGUCAACUACGAGGGUAUGAAGUUGAUCUAUGGACGCAGCAACACCGAUCUCUUCACCACCAAAUACUACUCGUCGGUAACCUACCACUCAAAGACACCGAUAUUCUACGAUGAGAUUAAGAUGCGUUUGCCAAUGACCGUCCUACCAACGCAACAUCUUCUCUUCACAUUCUAUCAUAUCACCUGUCAGAAAUCGUCGGACAAGGAAUCAAACUACGAUCAACCGAUUGGACAUGCUGUGCUCCCACUGUUCCAACACGGACGAAUUCUGAGUGACGACGUAUACAGUCUGCCAGUCGCAUUGGAACUGCCACCGAAAUACAACAAAGACGAAACCGAAGCAGCUCUGCGCUACAUCGAUAAUAAGAAGCCAAUAUUCCAAGUGAGAACAAAGCUUUUCUCUUCGAUCAUCUCCAACGACGAGCAUUUGAAUCAGUUCUUCAAUGUUGUCGCCAAUCCAGCUGCUUCCACCGACCAAUUGAAACGAGCAAUUCGUGGACUCUCCCAAGCCAAGAUAGAAUCACUCUCCCAGUUCUUCCCGAUCUUGAUGAAUCAACUGUUUAGAAUCAUGACUGGUCCGCUCUCCAAUGAGUUGUCGAUGGUGUCGUUCAUUCUCAUGGGUGAACUACUGGCGAUAGUCAACGACGUCGCGCCACUCACAUCGCAACGCUACUCGAAGUAUGUAUUCAACAACAACAAACACUCUGAUAUUCCCGUCUACGAAGUAUUGAUUCGUACGUGGUUGGAGUUGGUUCGUUUCCAAGAGCACAACUCUGAUAACAUAUUGCGAUUCUCCAAGUUCUUCUUUUCGAUCAUCUACAAAUCGAUGGCACUCAGCUUAAUCGAGAGAAGUCGUCGCGAAGAGAACAAGACUAGAAAGGGUCGUUUCGUUGGUGCACGUGGUCAGCUACGAAAGCUGAUUGCCAUCCUGAGAUGGGAGGCAUCUACACGUGUCAAACACACAUUCAAGCUCUCAAAGGAACUGAUCAAGUCACUGAGCACACUGAUAUCAUCGCUUCUCUCUAUUGCCGACCGUGGUUACGUAUUCUCAAUCAUCAACAGAAUCGUGGCCGACUUUGAAUCGUCGACCAACGGCGAAUCAGAAGCUGAAAUGAACGAACUCAAAUUCGAAUUCCUCCGUAUCAUCUGUCAAAAUGAAUACUUUGUACAAUUAAACAUUCCACUUCCCUACAGAAUCGAUCCAUCUCUAAAAUUAAAUACUAUUUUAACAUCUUCAAAACAUUUUAUUUCAGAAAUAUUGAUGGCAAACAUUGCAAAUGGAUUGGCACAUAAAGAGGUUUUGGUGAGAAUGGAUGCAGCCAAUUCAUUGAGAGAUACUUUAAUUAGAAUUGAAAUGGAUUCAAGAUGGCAAGAACCACUUACCAAACAGAGAAUCGUUGGUGUUUUCGUACCAUAUCUAUCGAGUGUCGUCAAGGAAUCGAAGGACAAGUACGUCGCAAUGUUUGAGAUACUCUGUUGUUGUGUCGAUAUCUUUGAGUUUGUCGGAAAGGACAAGCUGUUGGACCGCGCUCUCGAGUCGACAUCGAUUCGUACCUCCACUGCGAAAUCGAUACUCGAAGACUUUUACACUGGCAACAGAACGUCGCCCUACAGCUCCAAGAAACAGUAUAGCCGCUCGCUGCGUGAGAAGCGUGUCGAUGCACGAAAGUCGAUUCUCGACUCUUACAACAGUCCCAACAACAACACGUUGACCAAAGACAAACGUGGAUUCGCAAAGGGUACGCUGGGAACGACCAACAAGAUCAACAUUGCCGACUACGACGAUCGUCUAGAGUCGAAUCUCGCCUAUGAGAUUGGCGCUAUCAUCUUGGAUAUAAGCGAUGAUUUCAUGUAUGAAUUCGAGCGUGAACUCAAGACUGCACCGUACUACGAUGUGCUCGAGAAGACUACACGUGAAGAAGCUGCGGCAUUCACUUAUAUUCUUAUGAGAAAGAACUACGAACAGACCAGAAAGAACUUUGUUCGAACCAAGACACAGUUCAUCAUUGGUCUCUCAAAGAUUGUCUCGAGAGAGAUUCGCGAUGAUUACUAUCUUCGCAAGUCGUUGGAUACUAUCAACACCUAUGCCGUCACACAGGCAGAGAAACUCGGAACCAAGUCAUUCGCCAAGCAAGUCGAGGAUCUAACAAAGAGAAUGCACACGUUUGUCAUCGAUAACAUCAAGAUAAACAACCACAAAGACGAUCCAGAGAUGGUUGCCGAUCUCUAUCAUCGUAUUGCAGAGAACAACAAGAGCAAUGCCGACACUCGUUUGAUAUGGCUACAGGGAUUGGCCAACUUUAAUCGCUCACAAGAGAAUUACUCUGAGGCAGCGCAAUGCUAUCUUCACAUGGCUGCUCUUGUCGCAGAGUAUCUUGCUCUAAUUGGUUCGCCCGUCCCAACGAUCUCUGGCAGCCAGGCAUUCACAACAUUCAAUCGUAACUCACUGGAGGAAUCCAAUUCCUACAUCGAGCGUGAAGACGACGAAAGUAAUCAACGAUUCACAAUCGAUUACUUCCAAAGCUUGAUUAACGAUGCCAUCGGAUUGUUGAAGGAAGCCGAUCUCUUUGAGAUGGCGAAUCUCGUCUACAAGCUGUUACUGCCGGUACACGAACACAAUCUAAACUACGAGGAGUUGGCCAAUUGUCAUGGUGAUCUCCAGGUUAUCUUUAAGAAGAUUGUCGAGUGUACAAGAACAAAGUCACGUAUGUUGGGUAGCUACUACCGUGUCGGUCUCUAUGGCAACCGCUUCGAGGAGUUGAACGGCAUCGAGUUCAUCUACAAGGAACCAAAGAUCACCAGACUCGUCGAGAUCAAAGAUCGUUUGCGAACACUGUUCUCCAAGAAGUUCAGUGUCGAUGAGAAAUCGAUACAGAUCAUCGAGGGUUCCACCGCAGUCGAUCUCACAAAGCUGGACGUCAACCAAUGCUAUCUGCAACUAACAUCGGUAGUUCCCUAUUUCUCAGAGGAGGAACUCACUCAACGUCGUACACCAUUCGAUCAUUGUAUCAACUUGAAUCGCUUCAUGUUUGAGACACCGUUCACAGCAUCCGGUGCAGGUCACGGCAAUAGUGUCGCCGACCAAUACAAACAAAAGACGAUCCUCACCGUUCAAAACUAUUUCCCAUACACCAAAAAGAGAAUCCAGGUCGUCUCCAAGCAGAUCAUCAAUCUCUCACCAAUUGAAAACUCGAUUGAAUCGAUCGAAGCUCGUACGGAAACACUUUUGAGCGAGACCAAAGCGGCGCCUCCCAACCUCAAGAUGUUGCAACAAGUCAUUCAAGGUUCAGUUCGUCUCCAGGUGAAUGCCGGACCACAAGAGAUCUGUCGUAUCUUCUUGGCGGAGGGAUCUGGCUACCCACCGGAAUUCACCGCGCGUCUACGUCGCUCACUCAGUGCUUUCCUCGGCGUCUGUGCCGAUGCACUCCAGCUGAAUCGUUCGUUGAUCGACCAGAGUCUGCCGGCAGCUGUCGACUUCCAAGAUGAAAUGGAAUCGGGCUAUCUGUUGCUACUGAACGUCAUGGAGCCCUUCCACGUCAUUCCACCCGAGGGAAGCUACUUCCCAGCAAGCAACUCUAGCACACCUACACUCAGUGGUUCCAACGGACUUGGAAACAGUCACGAGGAUAUAGACUCCAACUCGAGCAAUAGUCCAGGCGGUGGAAAUUCUCUUGCAGCAUCCGGUCACUUGAUGACCGUUGGCAGUCUGCAAACCAACAAUCCGCUAAACAAUUCUACAAGCAUCCCACCUGGAAGCUACAGAAAAUCCUUCACUCAACGUCUUUCCAACUCAUUCAAGAAAGGAUCUCCAAUGGAUGGUGCAACUCCUGAUUCACAUUAA